CGCAGGGCUCUGUCCGCCCGCAUUGUAAGGGUGGGUGCUAUCGCUAUCCUACUCGGACGCAGCAUCACCGGACAUUUCGACCGGGCAUUUCAAUUUUGAGAAAGAGUAGGACCAGCCGCGUCCCCCGCACUCCGUGCCCCCGUGUGUGCCGUCUCACUCGCUCCAAGGACACACAAAAGGACGAAGGAGCGAUAACUUCAUCACAGCGUGGCGCUCUCACUCGCACGCACGCCUUGGUGGGGGACGACGUUGCGAAUUGUUAUUGAAGUCAUGCCCCCGAAGGCGACUUCGGGAAGGCUGUCAGUUGCUACUAAACGUCCGCUCGCAACGUUCGUACCCAGGUGACCCGUGUGGCCUCCGCUCUAAGUGUCGGCAGCUUAUGCACUACAAACUAUAUCGUCACGCAUCUCCGGGUUUCAAACAAGUGCCAAUUGUUAUCUGUUUGUUAACUUUGUGAUAAAACAUUUAAGACUUUGUGAACUCUUCCUUACGUGCUAAUAAAUAAUUUUAGACAAACUUUAAUAUAUAACAAAACAAGUGCUACAAAGUAAAGUGUUAUCGGAGUGCUGCAGUCGUGAAUUCGGACCGCUCGGUUGACAGUUUGUUUUGCCGGCGCCGAGCCAGGCGAGUGUUUACGCCGCGCACGUGGUGCGCCGCCCGCCCGCGCGCGGAAAUGCCGCGAAAAACUUUCUUCGACAACAUCGCCGUAGUAUAAGUCGAGUUGAGACGAGGGGUGACGGGCCGCGACCAUGACUUUUACCUGUAGCGCCUGAUUGAUGCAGUGCGGACUUCAUGUACGUCGAGACGAAGACUGUUGCUUUUUUAUUAUUUUUUUUUCGUUGGAGGAGACGGUGCUCUCCGCUGGGUUGAUGAUUUAAAUGGCUAACAGCAGCGCAGUGUCGUCGACCUUACCGUCGAGGGAUUAUCAUUGUGAAGUUUGUGACCUUUACCUGGACACUGUUGAUUCUUUAAAGGUACAUGUACAAUACCACAAAGAAAAUUUAUAUGCGAAGUGGAGUACGCAAAACUCACAAAAUGAUAGUGAAAACAACAACGGUACAAAAGUGAAGAACGAGACGACCGUGUCGGCUCCAGCCGACUCGAGCGACAAUAUGAUCACGAAGCCGAGUCCGGAGUUCCAGCAGCGCGCCACGCCGGAGACCUCGGCGCAGUUCCCUCACCCAGCGACACCCCAGAGCUACCACAGCGCACCUUCGCCCUACCAAAACCCGGAUCAGACCAAUUUUUCACCGGGGCCACAGUUCGGUAACAACUACUCACAUUCUGGGUUUCCUCAAGGCCAACAUCCUGAUCAAAUAAAUUGGGAACAGUCACAAUAUAACCAAGAUUACCAUAAACCUAAUCGCUUCCACCCAUACAACAUGCAAGAAAGGGUUUCGCAAGUGUCAUCUUCGAGUCCGCUGUAUGGGCAGCCACUAAAUCAGCCGACGCCGUCGCCGUCCCCGAACCAGUGCGAUAAAUGUGGCUUUGUGUGCGACUCCGCGGUGCAGCUCAACGAACACUGCAACUCUGCUCACGCGGGUUCUAGUGCUACCGCCUCCUCCGCUUCCAUGCCUUUUCAACAAUUUCCACCGAAACAGUAUAACAAUUCCGGCUACCAGAACGAUAACACAAAGAUUAAAGAAGAACAUGAAGAGUCGUCUGAUAUACUGGAUUUGGAUUCUCAAAAAGUUGUUUAUCAAGGAAAUGAAGGUGAGCAACCUAAUUCUUCUUAUGAUCAAACUGCCCCUCAAGGGCGUGAAGUGAAUCCACGUACUGUACCUAUGAUGCCAUGGGAAACACAAAAGCUGUACAGCAAUCCACAACUUAAUGGGGACGUUUCUUUAUUUAAAGAUCAGAAAAUGUUUGGUGAUAAAACUUACGCAGCUGACACUAAAAUGUUUCAUCAAGAACAAAAAUUCCCUUAUGUGCAAGACAAAUUUCUUGCUGUUCAUCACGACCAAAAGCCAUUUAUGCACGUUGAGCAAAAAAUAUACCCCGGUGUUCAAAUGCCGCCACUGACCGAUUAUUCUGGGACCGUGGCUUCUUCCAAUCCUGAUAUGAAACCUCCGUAUCGACCAUAUGACUCACCUACGGCGCCGCAAAUAACAAGCACACAACCGACAAACCCAGCAUCCUCGGCCAUGCCCUCUAUGGGUGGAAAAGGAGCCAACUGGAAAUCGAAUGAAGCACGGAGACCCAAAACCUACAACUGUACUGCUUGCAACAAAUGGUUUACAAGCUCGGGUCAUUUGAAACGACACUACAAUACCACAUUACAUAAAAAUGCAGUAAGAUCUUCUGGUCAGCCUGACCCAGCUACUAUGCCGAUCUCAAAUCAUCACCACCCGAGCCGCGAAACGUUACAAGCGCGUGCCGCGCAACAGGCCGCCGACUCCAACACGCAGAGCCCCGUCCCCUCCGAAGACGGGCGCAGCGUGGACGACGCUGCGCUGCAGUCACCGUACGCUUCGCAAAGCUUCGACCGGUCUCAUCGUGUCGCCUCAAUGCAGUCCAAGUCGCCGUACACGCAUCUUCAACAGGGUAAUUUAGAUAAUAAUUUCAGUAAUAAUCCAUUAGCCAAUCACCCUUUACAGCAUCAGGCCGGUUCUCAUCCGCUCAACAUAGGUAGUCAACUGCCUGGCAUAGGUAAUCCGGCAGACAAUAAUCAUCAGGGUACCAAGGGAGUCCCUAUUACUACAUCAGGGAAUCCCCCAAACGGGGAAGCAGGUCCCUCUGUUUCUCAAAAUCACCAUAUGAGGGGCCUGCUAUCAGUGUCAACCAGCAAUAUUUCAACUCCAGCUCUAACUCAGACUACGCCGGCGCUUACACCGCACACGCUGCCGCCGUUCAGUCAUUUGGGUGUCAACCCGUACAACCCGAGGUCUACGGAUCCUUUGGGGGGUUCGGUUCCGGACCCCACGCACACCCCAUUAUAUUUGGGUCAGAAUUUUCAGCAGACUAUAGCGCCGAAUUACCCAAACGGGAUGGCCCCCCACGUUAUGGAUAUGGCUAUCAACAACCUGCCUAUAGCCAAUCCAGCUACUUUUGGUGAAUCGUCACCUGAAACAGCUGAAGUAAUGGAACACGACGCAUCGAACCAAUCUGCCAGCGUGCGAUUGCCGAGCUUCGCACAGCUGCAGACGCAGCGGUUCGGCGUGUACGUUUCCAACUAUAUAACAUCGCCUAACGUGGGGGGUCAAGUUAUUGCUGAUGAGUCUUCCGCCGGUUACAUUAUUGUGGAUCCGGUUCACGCUCCCUUGCAAUAUACGAAUAUCGAAAUCGGUGGACAGAGUAUGGAUUAUGAAUAUAGUUUAGCGCCCCGACCAGUUAAAGAAGUCGUUUCUUAUAAUCCAGAUAAUUUAAAGAUAUAUCCAUACGGGUACGCGGUAGGAGGGAAAACGAUAAAACGUGAAGACGAUUUUAUGCGUACAGACUCAAGUGAGCUUCAAAUAUUAAAAAUAGAGGAUAUCAUGGAUUACGCAAAUAAAGAAAACUAUAGUACGCAAAUGAAAUCACCAGCUAGUCCUGAGAGCGCAAAAGCUGAGAAUGAAAGCCGAAGUUCUCCAUUAAUUUCUUCAACGGUUCCUAAUACUCCACUGUCGGAGAGGAACCAGCUGAAGAAGAGCGCGCCCGUUACGGUGCACAAAUGCUACGAGUGCGACAAGUUGUUCAACAAGGCCUGCUAUCUGACGCAGCACAAUAAGACUUUCCACUCGGGAGCCAAGCCCUUCAAGUGCGACCGCUGCGGCAAGCGCUUCUCGGACGAUGUCUCUUAUGAUUGCCACUACAUGAAGCACACAGACAAUAAACCGUUCAAGUGCAACGAGUGCCCUAAAUCCUUUAACCAUAAAACUGAUCUGCGCCGGCACAUGUGCCUGCACUCCGGCUGCAAGCCCUUUGCUUGCGAUCACUGUGGUAAAGGGUUUAUAAGAAAGGAUCACAUGAUAAAGCACUUUGACACUCAUAUUAAGAAAAACUUGCGCACCUCUUCCUCGCCAUCGUCUUCAACAUCACCAUCGUGAAUGACCUGCGUAGUUUUCACAUCGUCCCCGUCAAGGACAAAGUAAAGUUGUCGUGUAGACAUAUCAUUUGAAAUUUACAAAGUAGCAACUUUGCAAUAUAGUUAAACUUUUGAAGUAGGGUCGUAGGUUAUUAACGUUAGAUCGGACCGUUUCGUUGUUCGUGCCGUGGCGAUGAUUAUGCGCCGCCCGGGCCCCGGGCAGCGCUGCGGCCCGCGGGCCGCGUCGCGGGGGCAAACAUCCAGUUCGCUGGCUCACUUUUUUGUUGUUCAUUCAACCUAACCUUGUUUUCGGUGCAAGGUGACUUUACAUGCCUGGGCGUCUGAGCUCUUAAACAUGUAAUUAUAUGACGGAAUAUUAUUCCGCGCUAAUAAUUUAGCAGACCCGUAACCAUAUCAAUUUUAUACAUAUGAACAUCGACAAAAUAUCAAAGUUAUUAGAAAAUUUUUCAUUAUUCUAUGAGCGGACAAUUUAUAUACUAUAUUCAUUAUACAUUGUUUUACUAAGUAUAUACAUAUUAUGCUACUUCGACGUUUCUUGGUUGUCAUGUUAAUAAGAACGUACAUCGCGUUUUGUACACAAGUUAAAAUAUUUUUUUUUGUAAAUAUUUUGGGACUUAUUUGCCAGACAUUUUAUGAUCAUAGACUUAUUAAUUAUAAGAGAUGACUUUCUUUUGUUUAAGUUUUAAAAAUAAACGUGUAACCAAACAUGGCAUUAUUAAGUAGAACAUUAUCAACAUCCACAAGUCAAUAAAGAUCACAAUCCAGUGAGUGCGUAGCGCAUGCGAGGCGCGCGGCGCGUCGCGUCG